AAGGUCAACAUUUGUAAUACAUAUCAUAAAUGAAUAUGACAUAAGUCUACCACUGCAACGCGCGAGUUGAGGCACUCUUCCGCCUAGCUGCUUGCUUUAAUCUGCCAUGUUCCUACUUCCAGUUUCCUCGUACGAAAACUCAAAUGAAAGCGCUCAUCGCUCAUAACGUCGAUCUGAAAACAUCAUUCUGUGCAAUAAGAUUCAUUUCAUCGCUUCUUUCUUUACAAACCCCAUCAAAAACCUCCGCAAAUUUCUAUACCACCUUUGACCCUUAUGAGUUCCUCAAUGAAUCUGCCAAAUCACGAAACUACACACUUCAAGAAACCAAAAUCAUACAUACCCAUCUCCUCAAAACCAAUUUCCUGUACUCCAAUCUCGAGUUUUCAAACCUUUUGUUGCGAAAUUAUUGUAAAGCUUGUGAUUUUCAGUAUGCACUCAAGGUGUUCGACGAAAUUCCCCAACCAGAUAUUAGUUCUUGGAACCUUGUUAUCACGUGUCAGAAUCAAAGCUCCAAGUAUGCGGAUUCUUGGGAAACCUUUUGUAGGUUGCAUUCUUCGGGUUUAGUUCUGAAUGAGUUUACAUAUGGGCAUGCUCUUUCUGCUUGUGUAGCUUUGAAUUUUGUUAACGGUGGGAAACUACUUUACUCACUCGCGUUGAAACAUGGGUUUUCGUUGGAUGGUUAUGUCCGAAGCGGGAUGAUCGAUUUGUUUCUAAAGAGUUGCAGUUUCGAUAACGCUUUGAGGGUCUUUAACGAUGAAUCUUGUGGCAAUGUGGUGUGUUGGAAUGCUAUAAUUUCAGGUGCGAUCAAACAUAACGAGGAUCGUGUCGGUUUAAAUCUCUUUCGACAAAUGUGUCGCGGGUUACCUUCGCCGAAUAGGUUUACAUUUCCUAGCGUUUUCGGUUCUUGUGCAAAACUUCAAGAAUUUGAGUUAGGUCGAGUUGUUCAUGGGUUAGCGGUCAAAUACGGCGAGCAAGAAGAUGUAGUUGUCGGGACAGCGAUAGUUGACUUUUACGCUAAAUGCGGUCACGUAACCGAAGCUAUAAAGAAGUUUUCACGAAUGCCUACUCGAAAUGUGGUUUCGUGGACUGCGAUUAUCACAGGGUUUGUUAAAAAAGGCGACUUUCAAUCAGCCCUACGGUUGUUUAAAGAAAUGAUGACCCUGAAUCAAGAAAUCAACACUUACACUGUUACAAGUGUGCUUUCGGCUUGUGCUGACCCAUUGUUGUGUAAAGAAGCCUUUCAAAUUCAUUGUUGGGUUUAUAAAACCGGGUUGUAUUCAGAUCCAACAGUCAAGAAUUCGUUGAUAAACUUGUACUCGAAGAUUGGAGCAAUAAAAUUAUCCGAGCGAGUAUUCGAAGACAUGAACAAUUUGAUGAAUUCGAGUACAUAUGCAACGAUGAUAACUGCUUUUUGUCAAGAUGGCGCAUUAGAAAAAGCUUUUAGUUUACUAAAAAAAUUGUUUCUAGAAGGUUUGACGCCCGACAUUUCUUGCAUACCAAGUCUCUUGAGUGCUAUAAAUGUUUUAGAAUUAGGGGAACAGACUCAUUGCUAUAUGCUCAAAACGGGCGUAUUAUCCAAUCAUUUAGUGAGUUGUUCUCUGUUUACCAUGUACUCGAAAUGCGGUUGUUUAAACGAGUCGUACGAGAUUUUCAACCAAAUCCCAGAUAAAGAUAAUGUUUCUUGGGCAUCAAUGAUAUCUGGAUUUACAGAACAUGGGUACGCAUAUCGCGCGAUCGUGUUAAUCAGAGAAAUGCUUUCAGUAAAAAACAUUGUUUUUGAUGAAACAACGUUAACAGCUUUCCUGGCAGCGUGUUCUUCUCUUCGUUUUUUGAAAACCGGAAAAGAAAUUCAUGGCUUUUUCAUCAGGCAACAAGAUGAUAAGUCGGUUUAUGGUGGUAGUUCAAUGGUUAACAUGUAUUCAAGAUGCGGUGAUUUGAAAUCGGCGAAAAAAGUGUUUAAUUUGAUGCCGUUUAAAGAUCAAACAUCAUGUUCUUCGUUAGUUUCGGGGUAUGCGCAAAAUGGGUAUGUUAAAGAAGCACUUGAUCUAUUUCGUGAGUUGAUAUCAUCGGGUUUAGAGGUUGAUUCGUUCACAAUAUCGUCUGUUUUAGGAGCUGUAGGAGAUCUCAACCGGUCAGAUGUCGGAAUAGGAGUCAAGAUCGGGAUUCAGUUGCACGCGCGUAUCGUAAAACUCGGAUUUGAAUCGACGGCUUCUGUCGGAAGCUCAUUGGUCAUGAUGUAUUCAAAAUACGGAGAUCUUGACGAUUGUUUAAAAGGGUUUAAUCAGAUUAACGAACCCGACGUGAUCAGCUGGACAACGAUGAUUAACAGCUAUGCUCAACAUGGAAAAGGAUUAGAAGCGUUACGAGUGUUCGAACUCAUGAAUAAAUCAGGAACCAACCCCGAUUCGGUUACGUUUGUUGGUGUGUUGACCGCGUGUAGUCAUAGCGGUCUAGUCAAAGAAGGGUAUUCUUAUCUGAAGUCAAUGGUCAAAGAUUAUGGAAUUGAGCCGGGUCAAAGACAUUACGCGUGUAUGGUGGAUGUUCUUGGGCGCUCGGGUCGGUUACAAGAAGCCGAACGGUUCAUUAGAAAUAUGCCUAUUGAACCGGGUUCGUUAGUGUGGGGAACACUUCUUGCUGCUUGUAAAGUCCAUGCUGACGUGGAAAUUGGAAAGAUAGCGGCUGAGAAGUUUAUUGAGCUGGAACCGUCUGCGGAUGGAGGUUAUGUAGCUUUGUCAAACAUUUGUGCUGAUGUGGGUCAAUGGGAACAAGUUGUGAAGAUUAGAAAUGAAAUGAAAGGUACUGGGAUUAAAAAACAGCCAGGUUGGAGUUAUAUAUAAGGCUGAAAUUGAGAUUAUAUUAGUUUUUAUAAAUUAAUUAUUUCUGAAAUUACUCAUUUGCACAUUAGUAAUCAUUUCAAAGUGUUAGGGAGAUUGGUGGUGUUU